AUUAAUGACCAUGAUGAGCACUUGUUUGUGGAAGGCAGAUAGCUUAACUGGAGUUUUGUCUAUAUUAUAAUUACUCAUCAAAAUAAACCAUAGACCACCAGUCUUUAAUGAAACAUGAUAAUCUCUGCUUUGAAGUGCAUACAGCAUACGAGCGUACUCCCGCAUAUAACUUGAAACGGCAUUCAACCCCCUUUAAUAUUGUCAUCCAUGCUUUUCCCUGUCCUUCGUCUUUCGGGAGAUCGUGGUCAUUAAAGUAAGAGUGUCGUUUUUGAGUUGGAGCAGCUGGGAACGCAGCAAUCACAGCGAUGAGAUGACCCUGCCAUUCUUUCUUGCUCCGUCGCAUUGAAACCGGAUGUUGUGGUACACUGCUUCGCUUACCGGAACCAGGAAGUGUGAAAAAGGCCUAUUGGUCGGGCGGCCACUUGUACGCACUUCACAAACGGUCGUGGAUCUAACUGGAGCAAGGCAUUUUGGUGGUACAAAAGACCAGAGUAAAGCCACGAUGUUUCACAUUGUUGUUUUUGACAAAACUAAUGAGGUAGAAGUUGUGCCUUCCAUCUGGAUUAAAAAUGGAGAGUGCUUGUGGCCUCCAAAUAAAACUGAUAUAGCCAAAGCUGUCAGAUUGCAAGAUUGUCCUGGAGACGAAUGGAAAGCCCAUAAGGCCAGAAUUAUCUUCACUUCACAUGACUACAAUGAAGCAAGACGAAAAUUACCCCAAGCUGUUGAACAGACUGAUGUUGGAAGUGAUGAGGGGAACUCACCACGUGCUUUUAAAAGAAAAAGAAUGCCUAAAAACAAUCUAUUGCCUGGGGAGGAUGAUUCAGAGACGGAAAGCAUUGUGAAAGAAAAAAAGUCAAAAAAAGGAAAAUAUUCAUUGCCCAAUGCUCCAAAAAUCAUCAAGCAGCACAAAACUUUAGCAGUAAACCCAGUAAAGGAAAACAGUCCAGGGUUCAACCCAACAGGCCGCAUCACUGCUGUUUGUCACUAUGAAGACAUGGAAGGCAGCCUGGAAGGAACAAAGUCACAAAACAGAAACUUUUCAUUGCCCAAUGCUAGGAGUAUUGCUAGACAGGACAACACUAAUGAGUUAGAACCAGGAAAGCAAAGCAGCCCCAAGCUCCAAGUACUCAAUCAAACCACUCCUUCCCACCACCUCAAGGGCCACAUCGCUUCUUACGACUAUGAAAGAGGCCACAGCAGUCCUGAGCUUUUUCCAAGUGAUGAUAGUACUCCUGAGCUUUACUUAAAAGGGCACAGCACUCCUAAACUUUACUCAAGAGGCUGCAGCAGUCCUAAUCUCUACUCCGGAGGCCAUAGCAGUGAUCACUUUUACCCAAGAGGACAUAACAGCCAAAAGCUCCACACAAGUCAGCACCAUGGGACUAAUAAGUCAUCUUCAAGGCAUAACAGCAAUGAGAUCCACACAUCAAGCACUGAGGUGGCUAGACCAAGUCAUGUUGGCAGUAAAAUUCAUAGAUCAAGCCAUGUUAGCGCUAAGAUUCACGGACAAAGCCACUCUGCACCUUCUACAGUCACAUCAAAGCACACUGAGCCACCCCAGACCAGAGAGCAGACAUCAAAUCUGCAAACAUCUCUUCUGCGUAAUAUAUUAACAAAGCAGGAAAUGAUGAUGGACCAACUUCGAAUCAUCUUCAAGACGCUGCAGAGUAUGAAACCAACUGAAGAGGCAGAGGCAGUCCUGGAUCGAAACUUGCUGCCAAUAAAGGAUGUUGGUUCUCUGGAAGACAUCGAGGAACAACUACGUAGUAAUCCUGACCUCCAGAAACAGUUGGUAAACAAAUUGGCUCUCAAAGGUGGGGUGGACCUUCAUGAGUGCAUAUGGAGAAUUAUGCAUGGACUGAUGACGAACUCUUUAGCCAGAAAAAUCAACAUGCGGGGAAUCAAUGGAAAGAUUGGAUUCCAGAGCUUACAUUUACGAAAUGUUGUUAUUGCGGCUGUGAGACGAAACCGCCUGACAUCUGAAGCCUCAGAAAAAGACAUUGACUCAACCAUCAAAAGAUGGCUAUAUCUGGCCCCGGAUAGGGAUGGUGGCAGGAAAGAGAGACAGAAGCGAAAGGAGAAUCAGGAGAAAACUUGUUAAAGAACUUGCUCAUAUGGGAUUUGCAACUUAAAAGAGCAAAAUGCUGUGUGUUCUGAUGUUUUACAGUAGAUUUACAGUAUGCUGAUUUUUCUUGUUUUGUCAUGUUUUCUUAAAUGUGAAAAAAUAAAUAUUGUUCAGUACA